AUGUCCAAGAGCCUGAAGAAGAAGAAGAACCACUGGACUAACAAAGUCCACGAGAGUGUGCUUUGCAGGAAUGAGGAGGGGGAGCUCGGGCUGGAGUUGAAGGGCGGCGCGGAGAACGGACAGUUCCCCGUUAUCGGCGAGCUUCUCCCGGCCAGAGCGCCGUGCCACAGCGGCAAACUCUGCCAGGAUGAACUCCUCCUGGAAGUCAAUGACACCCCCGUGGCUGGACUCACCACCAGGGACGUGCACGCCGUGGUCAAACACAGCAAAGACCCCGUCCGAAUCAAGUGUGUCAAACAAGGGGGCGUGAUAGACAAGGACCUGCGUCACUACCUCAACCUGCGCUUUCAGAAAGGCUCGGUGGACCACGAGCUGCAGCAGAUCAUCCGGGACAACCUCUACCUCCGCACCGUCCCCUGCACAACCAGGCAGCCCAAGGAGGGAGAGGUCCCGGGGGUGGAUUAUAAUUUCGUGACCAUUGACCGGUUUAUGGAAUUGGAGAAAAGUGGAGCCCUGCUAGAGAGCGGAACAUAUGAAGAUAACUUCUACGGCACCCCGAAGCCUCCGGCCGAGCCCAGCGCUCUGCUGCUAAAUGUAACGGACCAGCUGCUUCCGGGCGCCAGACCCACCUCCGAGGGCAAGAGGAAGCGUAACAAGUCGGUCAGCAACAUGGAGAAAGCCGGCAUCGAGCCCCCCGAGGAGGAGGAGGAGGAGAGACCCGUCGUCAACGGCAACGGUGUCGCUGUCACCCCAGAGUCGAGCGAACAUGAGGACAAGAGCACAGACGCUUCGGGGGACAUCGCCCCGCAGAGCAUCCCGACCGAGGCCCCACCUGAGGCGCCCAAAGAAGACGGACACUCCCCGAAAAUGACGCUACCCAAACCAGAGGACAACGACGAGCUAGGGCCACUGCCAGACAACUGGGAGAUGGCGUACACAGAGAAAGGAGAGGUCUACUUCAUAGACCACAACACCAAGACAACAUCGUGGCUGGACCCGAGGCUAGCCAAGAAGGCAAAGCCGCCCGAGGAAUGCAAAGAGGAUGAGCUUCCGUACGGCUGGGAGAAAAUCGAUGACCCCAUUUACGGCAGCUACUAUGUUGACCAUAUAAAUAGAAGGACCCAGUUUGAGAACCCAGUCCUGGAGGCUAAAAGGAGACUCCAGCAGCAGCAGCAGAUGCAAAGCCAGGGUCUGUCCUCACUGCCCCUUCCCACCAUCUACAGAGAGAAGCCGCUGUUCACGCGGGACCCCACUCAGCUGAAAGGCAGUUUCCUGUCCACAUCACUCCAAAAGAGCAACAUGGGCUUUGGCUUCACUAUAAUCGGAGGCGACGAGCCGGACGAAUUCCUCCAGGUCAAGAGCGUUAUCCCCGAUGGGCCCGCCGCAGCUGACGCAAAGAUGGUCACAGGUGACGUCAUCGUCUACAUCAACGACGUGUGCGUCCUGGGCACCACCCACGCCGACGUGGUCAAACUGUUCCAGUCGGUGCCGAUUGGCCAAAGCGUCACCCUCGUCUUGUGCCGUGGCUACCCUUUGCCCUUCGACCCGGAGGAAGCUGCUAACACCAACAACACCACCACCAUCAUCUCCCCGCUGGGCAUCAUGGAGCAGCGGCCCAUCAUGGUGAACGGCCGGACGGGCUACGACAACUACCUGGACUAUCUCUCCCGCACGGCCCGCUUCGUCACCGACCCCGGCCAGGACCCGGCGAACGCGCAGCUGCUCACCCCUCACCCGGGCGACACCCACUUAGACGGCUCGCUUCCUCCCACCACCGGCACCACGCCUCCCGACAGCGUCUCCAUGGCGUCGUCGGGGGCCACCCAGGGGGAGCUGCUGACCCUGACCAUGGUGAAGGGCGUUGAAGGUUUCGGCUUCACCAUCGCGGACAGCGCAACGGGCCAGCGAGUCAAACAAGUGCUGGAGCCUCAGGGCUGCCCGGGCCUGUGCGAGGGCGACCUGAUUGUGGAGAUUAACAAGCAACACGUGCAGGGAUUCGUGCACACACAGGUGGUGGAGCUUCUCAAGGAGUGUGCCGUGGGAACCGAGACCAUCCUGGUGGUUCAGAGGGGGGGAACAGGUCACUAUUCACCCUGGAAGACCCCUAAGCAGGUGCUGGAGCAGUGGGAGUCCCAGCAGGGCCAGUGCAGCCCUGCACAGACCAGCCUGUCAGCCCCAGUUAUCCCCCACAACGCCCCCUUUCCAACCCACCAUCUUCACAGGGCCUCGGUCCCAGACUCAGCCUUCGAGGCCUUGGCCCUGGCUAAACCAGACCCCUAUGACCUUUAUGAGAAGUCCAGGGCUAUCUAUGAGAGUAGGCAGCCCGGCCAACCGAGGACAGUUUUUCCUGUGGACUCCUCAGGAGCCGAGUACCAGGACAUGGAGGUGCACCUGCGCAGACAGAAGUCCGGCUUCGGUUUCCGGGUGUUGGGCGGGGACGAGGCGGGGCAGCCUAUAUUGAUCGGGGCGAUCAUCGAGAAGAGUCCAGCAGACCUCGAUGGGCGCUUGCGGCCCGGAGAUGAGCUGCUGUUUGUGGAUGGGAUCCCGGUGGUGGGGAAGCCUCACAGAUACGUCAUUGACUUGAUGCACGGGGCGGCACGCAACGGCCAGGUGAACCUGGUCAUCAGGAGGAGGGUGCAGGUAGCAGGUGAGUCCUGUCCGGAGAACGGCCGUAGCCCGGGCUCUGUCUCCACGCAACACAGCUCCCCGCGCAGUGACUUCAUGUAUGCCAACAGCACCGGCACGACCCAGGCCCCCAACACCGGCAUGGGCAACGCCACCGGCGCCGCUUCAGACAGGACGUCAGCCGCCAACUCACAACCCAGUGACGUCAUCAUCAAUCGAAAGGAGAGCGAAGGCUUCGGCUUUGUUAUCAUCAGCUCCCUCAACAGGCCCGAGGCCGCCGCCAUCAACACCGUGCCCCAUAAAAUCGGGCGCAUCAUCGAUGGAAGCCCGGCCGACCGCUGCGGGAAGCUGAAGGUGGGGGACCGGAUUCUGGCGGUGAACAGCCAGUCCAUCGUCAACAUGCCGCACGCCGACAUCGUUAAGCUGAUCAAGGACGCGGGCCUCAGUGUCACCCUGAGGAUCAUACCGCAGGAAGAGAUCAGUAAUCCCCCAUCAGCCCCCAGCUCGGAGAAGCAGAGCCCCAUGGCCCAGCAGCACAGCCCGAAGACCCAGCCGGUCACCGUCGCCUCACAGCCCAACCCGGCGGUCACAGAACCCAACGCUUCUCUCAGCCAGCCCAUUCCCAUGUCUCACCAGAGCCCCGUGACCCAGCUGCCCACCCCUCCACCUCAGACCUACACCCACGAGAGCAGUUACAGGUCAGAGGUGAAGGCGAGGCAAGAUGUUAAACCCGACAUCAGACAGCCGCCGUUCACAGAUUACCGGCAGCCCCCGGUGGAUUACCGGCACCCUCCUGUGGCGGACUACAGGCAGCCGCCCACGUUGGACUACCGGCACCCGCCGCUGCUCGACUACAGGCAGCUAGCUACCGACACCAGGCAGUUCACGUUGCCAGACUACCGGAUGCCCCCGGUCCAACUUUCGCAAGACUUUGACUUCUUCACAGUGGAGCUGGAGAAAAGUGUGAAGGGCUUCGGUUUUAGCAUCCGCGGUGGACGGGAGUACAAGAUGGACCUGUUCGUCCUGCGACUGGCCGAGGACGGGCCGGCCAUCCGCAACGGGAGGAUGAGGGUUGGGGACCAAAUCAUUGAGAUCAAUGGGGAGAGCACCCAGAACAUGAGCCACGCCCGGGCCAUCGAGCUGAUCAAGUCCGGAGGCCGGCGCGUCCGUCUUCUCCUGAAGAGGGGCACGGGGCAGGUCCCAGAGUACGAUAAUGCCGCCCCAUGGGAUGCCCCAAGCCUGUCGGAAGUAGCCCCUCCCAUCGACAGCCUUUCCAUGCCAUCGCCUUCAUCUCAUCUGGCCCCCGACCCGCCUCACCUGCCGCCUCUGGAUGUCCCUCGAGACCCGGUGGCACGAGACCGCAGGACGGAGCGCUCCAAGAGCCCCCAGAAGGCCGAGCUGCUGAGUCCAGAUCCGAUCGGCCAGGCAAGGAGAGCGGCCUCAACCGGUGGGAGCGGCAGAGCCAAGAAGGAGGGUGGCAGGUCCACCCGCAUGGGACACAGGGUCCAGCCCACUACUGAGGGGGAAGUGGGCAAGGAGGGGCAGAGCGGGGAGCCCAAACCCUCCAGAAGCACCAGAGGGCGGUCCAAGGACAGGAACACUGGGGACAGCAGAGAAUCCACCGAAUCUCCCGGCAGCUCCAAGCUCCCGCACACCAACGGGAACAGCGUCAUAGACGUGGAGCGGUACGGUGGCGGGCAGCAGCAGCAGCAGGUGGACUCGGAGCUGAGCAGGGCCAAGGCCAGGGAGCUGGACAGGGGCCUGGGAGAGAGCCGGCCCAGCCUGCCCAGCAAGGGCAGCGCAGCGGGGAGGAAGGCCACGGUCUCUCCUGGGCCUUGGAAGAUCCCCGGAUCAGACAAGCUGCCCAGCACGCUGCGCGCUGGCACGUCCACACUGAGCAGAUAA